GACGCCGGGUCACCUAGGGGCGGCCAGGCGAGUGCGCAGGGGGCUCGCUCUCCCCGGGGUGCCUAGCGGCCGCCGCCACCUCUAAAGACCAACUGCCGGCUGCAGCUGAUUUAUGAGGAAUCCAAGAUGAACUUGGAGCAGGAGAGGCCGUUUGUCUGCAGUGCUCCGGGCUGCUCCCAGCGUUUCCCGACAGAGGACCAUCUCAUGAUUCAUCGGCACAAGCAUGAGAUGACUUUGAAGUUUCCUUCAAUAAAAACAGACAAUAUGCUCUCAGAUCAGACUCCAACACCCACGAGAUUCCUGAAGAACUGCGAGGAGGUGGGUCUCUUCAGUGAGCUGGACUGCUCCUUCGAGCACGAGUUCAGGAAGGCUCAAGAAGAAGAGAACAGCAAGCGGAAUAUCUCCAUGCAUAAUACGGUUGGCGGGACCAUGACGGGACCUGGAGCUCACCAGCUGGGCAACACUCGGAUGCCCAACCACGACACCAGUGUUGUGAUUCAACAAGCCAUGCCAUCUCCCCAGUCCAGCUCAGUCAUCACGCAGGCUCCCUCUACCAACCGCCAGAUCGGGCCUGUCCCAGGCUCUCUAUCAUCUCUGCUCCAUCUCCACAACAGACAGAGGCAGCCCAUGCCGGCCUCCAUGCCUGGGACCCUGCCCAACCCCACCAUGCCAGGAUCUUCUGCCGUCUUGAUGCCCAUGGAGAGACAAAUGUCGGUGAACUCCAGCAUCAUGGGCAUGCAAGGCCCCAACCUCAGCAACCCCUGUGCUUCUCCCCAAGUCCAGCCAAUGCAUUCAGAAGCCAAAAUGAGGUUGAAGGCCGCGCUGACCCACCACCCCGCUGCCAUGUCGAAUGGGAACAUGAGCACCAUCGGACACAUGAUGGAGAUGAUGGGCUCCCGGCAAGACCAGACGCCACACCACCACAUGCACUCGCACCCGCAUCAGCACCAGACGCUGCCGCCCCACCACCCCUAUCCGCACCAGCACCAGCACCCCGCACACCAUCCCCACCCACAGCCUCACCACCAACAGAACCACCCGCACCACCACUCCCAUUCCCACCUUCAUGCACACCCGGCACACCACCAGACCUCGCCACACCCGCCCCUGCACACCGGCAACCAAGCACAGGUUUCACCAGCCACACAACAGAUGCAACCAACCCAGACCAUACAACCGCCCCAGCCUACAGGGGGACGCCGGCGAAGGGUGGUGGAUGAGGACCCGGAUGAGAGGCGGAGGAAAUUUCUGGAAAGGAACCGGGCUGCCGCCACCCGUUGCAGACAGAAGAGGAAGGUCUGGGUGAUGUCACUGGAAAAGAAAGCAGAAGAGCUCACCCAGACAAACAUGCAGCUUCAGAAUGAAGUGUCCAUGUUGAAAAACGAGGUGGCCCAGCUGAAACAGCUGUUGUUAACACAUAAAGACUGCCCGAUCACAGCCAUGCAGAAAGAAUCACAAGGAUAUUUAAGUCCAGAGAGCAGUCCUCCCGCGAGCCCUGUCCCUGCAUGCUCGCAGCAGCCAGUCAUCCAGCAUAACACCAUCACUACGUCCUCCUCGGUCAGCGAGGUCGUGGGGAGCUCCACCCUCAGUCAGCUCACGACUCACAGAACAGACCUCAACCCUAUUCUUUAA